AUGAGUAGUAUCGUUACGUACACAACUCUCAGAACUGAUAUCUAUGAAGCGUUGGUUGCAAGUGUUUCAAACGCUACAGCUGGCAUUCCUCAAGUACCCGCGGUUGAACCGUUUGGUUUGUGUUUUAAAGAUGGUGCGUUUGGGUCUGGUAGUUUUCUGAAUAUUGAUCUUGAGAUGGAAAGUGAGAACAUAUGGAGUGUUUCUGUAGAAAAUUCGAUAAAGCGGGUAGGGAAUGGCGCAGCGUGUCUUGCGUUUGUGGAUGGUGGUUCGAAAGUGACGGAUCCGAUAGUGAUUGGGACGUUUCAGAUGGAGAAUAAUUUCUUGUACUUUGAUCUCGAGAAUCAAAAGUUGGGGUUUAGCUCUUCUUUGUUGUCUCGAGGAACCUCUUGUAGCAACUUCAACUUCAACGUGGUUGAAAGCUAUACGUACCAAAUGUCUUCAGAAUAA